CAGCAGCCCCGGAGAUGGGCAGAGAGCGCGCGGGGCGCUGCAGCUCUGUAGCCACCGCUCUCUCCGCCCCCGGUGCCCUGCGCCCCCGCCGCCGCUCUCGCCGCCAGGCUGUCCCCCGACUCCAGCUCUGCUUCUAGGACAGCGCCGCCACCGCCGCAAGCCCUCGUCCCUCCCGCGUUGCGCUACACUCACGCGCCCUGGAUGGCGCUUUCCCUCGUUGGGAUGGAAUCGAUUUAGAAUGUGACAGCUCAAGUAUCUGACAACUCAAGUAUCUGGAGUAUUUCUACAUCCGUCUCUGCUUCCCAUGCUGUUCUCUACAGUCAUCUUCUUGGGAGUGUGAGCCAGACUACACUUACAUUCUGUGUCAUAUCUGAUGGCUGUGACUGUAGCUCAAGCUGAAAAAAUUAUGACAUCAACAUCCAAAGGCAUUCUUCGUCCAUUUCUAAUCGUCUGCAUUAUCCUGGCCUGCUUCAUGGCAUGUCUACUUAUUUACAUCAAGCCCACCAACAGCUGGGUGUUCAGUCCAAUGGAGUCUGCCAGUUCUGUGUUGAAAAUGAAAAAUUUCUUCUCCACAAAAACUGAUUAUUUUAAUGAAACCACUAUUCUGGUUUGGGUGUGGCCGUUUGGGCAGACUUUUGACCUUACAUCCUGCCAAGCCAUGUUCAACAUCCAAGGGUGCCAUCUCACUACAGACCGCUCACUGUACAACAAAUCCCAUGCGGUCCUGAUACACCACAGAGACAUUAGCUGGGAUCUGGCUAAUUUACCUCAGCAGGCUAGGCCACCCUUUCAGAAAUGGAUUUGGAUGAACUUAGAGUCACCCACUCAUACCCCUCAAAAGAGUGGCAUUGAGCACUUGUUCAACCUGACUCUAACUUAUCGCCGUGAUUCAGAUAUCCAAGUGCCUUAUGGCUUCUUGACGGUGAGCACAAAACCAUUUGUGUUUGAAGUGCCAAGUAAAGAGAAGCUGGUGUGCUGGGUCGUGAGUAACUGGAACCCCGAGCAUGCCAGGGUCAAGUAUUAUAACGAACUCAGCAAGAGUGUUGAAAUCCACACCUAUGGGCAAGCCUUUGGAGAAUACGUGAAUGAUAAAAACCUGAUCCCCACCAUAUCUACUUGUAAAUUUUAUCUUUCUUUUGAAAACUCAAUUCACAAAGAUUACAUCACAGAAAAGCUCUACAAUGCAUUUUUGGCUGGCUCAGUACCUGUUGUCCUAGGACCAUCUAGGGAAAACUAUGAGAAUUAUAUUCCAGCUGAUUCGUUCAUUCAUGUGGAAGAUUAUAACUCUCCCAGUGAGUUGGCAAAAUAUCUGAAGGAACUUGACAAAAACAACAAGUUGUACCUUAGUUACUUUAACUGGAGGAAGGAUUUCACUGUCAACCUCCCACGAUUUUGGGAAUCACAUGCCUGCUUGGCUUGUGAUCAUGUAAAAAGGCACCAAGAGUAUAAGUCUGUUGGUAAUUUAGAGAAAUGGUUUUGGAAUUAAAGUUUCCAUCACUUUGAAAUUUAAGGAAAUGUAUUAAUGUGACAUUAUACAAGUUGUGAGGAUAAGAAGAGAAACACUUUGCUUUCGUGUCACAGUUUAUUUUUAUUGUCCUCCCUUGAGUAACAUGUAUAUUUUGAUGGAAAAAUUUUAAGAGCUCAGAAUUAGAAAUAACUCAAUUUGGUUUUAAAUUAUCCUGUAUAUAUGUGAUAAUGAACACUGAAAAUAAUUUAUUCUCCACUUUCAUAUGUACACAUUAUUUUUUCGUAUUUUAUAGUAAGUUUAUGGUUCAGUUGUUUCUACAUUGAUCAGAUCUUUGAUCUGUUUGGGAAAUGGGUAUCCUAAAAUAUGAAAGAUUUUUACAAAGUAUUAUAAUGUCUAGAUUCUAGCUUGCAUAAUGGUAACAAAGAAGGAUUAGAGUAUCACUUAAUUCUUAACCUCUUUGAGUUCAGAGUUGACACUGUGUGUAACUGAUGUAGUAUUUAAUUGUUUACCACAUUUAUGAAGACAUUUAUUCAUGUAGUAAAUAAGAAAGAUAUGAAGUAGAAAUGUUAUUAGACUUCACAUUCAUUUUCAUUAAGUUGUUUUGCAAAUUAAGACUCUCAAUGUUGUAAGUUAAAAAGUAUCCAAGAAUUUGGAGACACACAAUUUUAUAUGAUAUUCUUAAUGCCUAAUAACACCUAAAAGAAGAUUUGAUUAUUCCCAUUCAAAUCUUGAGCAUAGUCAUUGUUGUAAAAAUUAAGAAUUUCUUUAUAUAACAAAAAAGAUAUCUGGAAAUAUAAAUAAAAUAUGUAAAUUGUGCCAUUUACAUAAUUUUAAUUACUUCAUCCAUUUGUAGUAUUUUCCAAAGCAUCUAUAUUUAAAAGUUUUACUUUUCCAUAUUUGAUAAUGAAUAGAUAUAAAACUUGAAAUGUCUAUCAUUUCAUUUAAAAUGUAUUACCAAUGUAUCUAAUAUAAUAAAGUGGAAACCUUCAAGGAACAGACAAUACUGACACAGAGUAGGAUUUCAAUAUGUGUUUAUUACAUAAAUUAAUUAACAGCAUUGAAAAGUCAGGGAUAAUUUUUGUUUCAAAAAAGGAACAGUUCUAGCCUGUGACUAUUAAUUGAAAAUUAUCUUUUUAUUCCAUUUUAAAAAUUGUUCAUACAUAGCACAUGUUGCUAUAAUAUUCAGGGCUUUACAGAACCAAUAUAAACUUAUUAUUGCACUGAAUUUGGGGGCAUGUUAUCCAUGAACUUUCACCUGCCUGAAGAAAUUCUGUAAGUUUAGAGGAGUUAGAUGGGCAUAUACAGAUACAGUGGAUUAGAAAAAAAAUACUGAAGACUCUCAGAGAGAAUUAUUCUCUAAAGCAUUCCUAAUGCUUGUCUUCUACUCUGGUCCAUAUCUACAGAAAACGUAAUGUUCUCAUUACAUCCAAUUGUAAUCAGAUCUUGGCUCAUUCUAAUUUUCCUAUUACCUGUUACAAUCAACAGAACAUAUACUCCCUCUAGAUUAGAGGGAGGGUAGAGGUCAGUUCAGCAAGCAGGAACUGUGUGCCCCAUUUGAAAAUGAGUUUCCCUGUCAUGGGAAUGAUUUGAGUAAAGAAAAUCUCCAUAAUUAAACAGAAGCUUUGAUCCCACAUUCAUUUUUCUUUUAGACAUAACUGCACAGGUAAUGUAGUCAGCCCAAAACUAACACAGAAAAAAAAUGAAAAGAUGCUGUUACUGCCUUUAAAGGGCUUGUUACAUAGAGAUUCCUGUAAGUUCCAUCUUGUAUGACUCGCAAUGGAGAUUGUAUGAAUCAUUGCUAAUUUAAUUGAAAAAAACCCUCUAGAAAAUGUAUUCAAUUGCUUAGCUACUCAACCUGUGCUGGAACUUCAAGCUCUUUCUCUUCAUUUGACCCAACAUAGAUUUUAUUUGUUCUGUCCAUACAUAUAUAUGGUGCACAUACAUAGAUAACUUUCUUUAAAAGCUCUGUAAUGCAUUUAUUUGUUUAACAGUCAAUCCCAUACUUUUACAUUUGUUCGUUAUGUUUUUGAUCCACAAAAUGUAGGUACCUAAAGAUGCAAAGCCAAGCUUAGGAAGUAUUUUUUCUAGAGCCUGAAAAGUAUUUGUCAUUGUUUCCAUCCACCAUUACUAAACUGGAUGCUAAGGUAUUUGUCUCUUCUGUUGACAAAGAGUGUGACCUCAUUCUUGGACUGAAACAAAAAAUAAAUGCCAGUAAUAUAAGCCAAACCACAGCAACAAGUAUUCUGCUAGUGUAUCUGUCCAUUGAGAGCCUAAUUCCAAGCCAUAAAAAUGGGGGUCCAAAUUUCAAGUGAACAGUGAAUGAGCCAGCUUUUUAACUAGAAGAAAUCACAGCCAUAUUUGGAAGUUAAACACUUCUUCCAAUCUGUGAGUUAAUUAGAUAUAAAGCCAUUAUUUAUCCUUGACACAUGCUGAAAGACAGGCAUGUGAACCCCACACAUAGCGAUAGUAGAGAUUAGAAAUUAAUGGUCCUAUUGCUAUUAAUCUCAUGUUUGUCUCUGCUUCCUCUACAUCGUACUGGACAAAUAUGACCCAAUUCCUAGAAUGUGAAUAUCACAUUAGCAUGUAGGAUGAUAGGUUCUGGGACUUCAACUUUUACAUAUGUAGUAAACAAAAAUUUUAAUGUUGGCAGUCUUUCCGAUUUAGCAGUUGAACUUUAGCAGAACGAAUGAGCUUUGCUAUGUGUAACUGAGACAUAACCACUGAAAAGUUAUGCCAGUGACUACUCUUUUAAUAAGUACUAUGACUCACAAUUUCUUUAAGGAUAACUCAUGUGGAAGAUAAAUUGAUGCAGCCAAUUUGGCUUGCUGUUGAUUAUAAUAAAGACAGAUAAUAUGCCUGGGAAUGAACAAUGGCUCUAAAAAGGUCAUGGAUAAACUUUCCUUCAAAGUGCAGAAAGUCAUUAUCACCAGUGCUCUGAAUAUUAAUUGUCAAUUAUUGCAGGCCUUAUUAGUAAGCAUAUGUCAAUAAUUAUUUUAAGCCUUACUGAUGAGAACAUGUACUUUAUUAUCCAUAUCUAUCCAUAUACAUAUUUAAAGAAGGAAGGCUAUGACAGCCAUAUUUUUAGAAUGGUCAUGACUUGAUAUAAAGUAAACAUAUAAAAAAUCUUAGUGGGAGAAUAGCAACAGCUUACAAGGUUCAUAUUUAUUGUAAAAAGCAUAGCCCUAGAAUGUAUGGAGCCUAGUCCAAAACCAUUGAGAUGUAAAAUGACAGAUUAUUUGGCUAUCAUUUUCUGAGCCUUUAAAUUCUUUCUUCUAAUUAGAGAUAAAAAUGGAGGAACAAAAUAUAAUAUAACAGGAUAUAAAUAACUGAGUUUUUGUAUACUUGUCUACGUUCAGACUAAAUCAAAUGGUGGCCAUUUACCCAGAAAGUGUUUGGUGUGCAUUAAUCUUUCAUAAAGUUAAGCUCCACAUGUUUUUACUUCAUACUUGAUCAUGUUUGUUGACUCUCCUGAACCCUAACCUCAAGAGAAGGGGAUCUUAAAAUGUGUAGGCAAACUACUGAAUAUAAAAGACAUUAAAAGAUAAAAGAUAAGUAGUUCCUGAUAAAUGAGGGUUGCUAAUAAAUGAUAGUAAAUGGUUACAUCAAUGAAAUUUGUGGACAUGCAAAUAAUUUUAAUGUAAUCAAAAUAUCAUCUUCUUUGGGUCAAAUGGAAAUAUUAGCUUUACUAUUAACAUUGCUUCCUAGGUACAAAGGGCAGUCAGGAUAAAUUCUUCUUACCAUGCUUUAAGAAUCCAGGAGGGGCUGGAGAGAUGGCUCAGUGAUUUAGACCAUUUUCUGCUCUUUCAAAGGUCCUGAGUUUAAUUCCCAGUGCCAACGUAGUUCACCAUUAUCUAUAAUACGAUCUGAUGCUCUCUCUGGCAUGCAGGUACACAUACAGAGUACUCAUACAUAAAAUAUAAAUAUAUAACAUUUUAAAAAGAGCCAAGAAACUAAAAUAUUAAGAAAGAUUAAACUUGAAACUUGUUGGUGUUCUAUUUUAAUAUUGAUCAUUCACUGAUUGUUUCUAAUAGAAAUGAAAAUAUUAUGUAAAGAGGAUGCAGAAUGAAGUUCUAUAAUAAGUAAAUGUGUAUUGCCAAAUGUGAGAAGGGAAAACAGUUUUACCUUUCGUUCCUUGUUAAUUAAAUUUGUUGUAUUGUGAAGGUACUGCAAAUAUCAGUGAGCCAGGUGAUUUUUCUAUUGUGGAUAUCUCCCCUUUAGAGAUUGUAUGGCACUUUGAAAAUAGGUAAGCUCCACUACUAUCCAAAGUAUGGUCCCUCUUUGUAAUGCAUAUUCAACCCAUCCAUAUUCACAAGCAGUUAAUAGAAUCUAAAUGGGACACACUGUUAAACUAGAAAUAUAAGUAAUUCUACCCUAGGCUAUCACUGCAACAAAUUGUAGCCUAGAGAAAGUCACUUAACCUCUCUGGAAGACUACAUUCAUAAGGAUUCCUUUGACACCUUGCUGUUUAAUAUAAGGCCUAAAUUGAUAUGUCCUUAAAUUUAAAUUUCAAAUUUCCUUGGCCAUCUAAAAAUAUUUUUGGAAGUUAAUACUGCAAACAGAAUUGCUUCUCAUUUCUCUACAAUAUAUAAAAAAUUAAAGUAUUAAACUGAUUGCUUUAAUGACAGAAAAACAUAAUCUUGUUUCUUUCCUGAAACUUACAAUGUAGCAAGUGCUCAAUUAUUCCCUUCAUAUUCUUCUCUUAUGUCUUUUGUAAUACAGAGCUCUCUGAGAACUUGAUUGCCUGUAAAAAUUAACCAUAUAUUGUAACCUAUUCUAGAGUAUUCAGAUAGAUAUUUCUGCAAUAUUGAAAUUCCUACAACAAUAAAACUAUUUAUUGAUGGAAAACUUAGGAAGCCAGUGGAAUCAAGUCAGGCAGUUCUUUACCAACAGUAAUAUAUGGUUUGAGGGCAUAAGAUAGUGUAUAUUUAGAAAUUUCAUUCUUUUAACAUUUGACUAACUAAUUUCCAUUCAUUGAACAUCAUUCGAAUGUAUUUUAAUUUAAAAUGAAAUUCCCUAUCACUAAUCUUUUAAAACAUUGCCCAAAGCCAUGUGAUCUAGAGUUUCCAAUAGAUGUUUACUAAUAACUAAUAAUACUGACAAGUGGUUCUUGUUCCAUGCAAUUGGAACCUCUUCAAUUAUGAAUGAAAAAGAAAAAAAGGAAGGAAGAAGCCAUGCUAUUAGUACAAGUUAUCCUGUGCUUGACAGAGUUUCUCAGACCCACAUUUGCCUUGGGGACUCCCUAGAUCAAUGGUAUAAGAAUUAUUUACAUCAUUUUAAUAUUGUUAUAAUAUAUACCAUUGAUGCCCUUGGUCUGUAUUUUAGGGGUUCCCUAGACAAUUCUGAAACGUUGCUACUUUGGUAGUCUGUGUCCUGCUUAUUAACUAGAAAUAAUUCUAUAUUCAAAUAACACAGGCAUGAGAUACUGCCCUAUUUUGGCUCACUUGAAUUCUUCUUAAAUAUAUUGAUAAGUAUUACCGUAUUUCAUAACUCAAGAUGUUCCUCAUGCCUACUUGUUUUUGAACAGUUAUGCUUUUCUUCAGCUAUUCCUAUGAUUUAGGACAAACUAUUUACCAUUUCCAUCUGUUUGUCUGGGAAAUUUUUCUUUCAUUCUCUCCCUUAGUUUUUAAAUGCACUUUAAAAAAUUUUUCAGCACAAAAACAAAGGUAGACAGUUAUUAGGAUCUUUUGUAGCCAUCAAAGCAUCAUACAUUUUUGACCAAUUGCUUUUCUGGGUUUCAGCAAUCUGUGUGAUAGUUAGGACAUGGCAACAAGUUAUAGCGCUGUAGAUUUCCACAAUCAUGUAUUUACAAUUAAGUAUGAGCUACGCUAUUCACUAGCUGUGCUUGAACUCUUCAUCUGUGUUAGUAUCAGGUUUUGUAUAUGUAUAUAAAAGGGGUAGCCUAUUUUGAAAAUGAAUGCAUCUCUAAAAUAAUAGACAAUGAUAUAUCCAAAUAGGUAUGUGUACAUGUGUGAGUGUUCUACCACUAACAUAAACCCUUGGUUGUAAAAGAGAAUAAGAGAAAUAUGGAACAUACCAAAAAUUCAGCUGUAUCACCUGUUGAUGCUAAGAUGGCAGCUCAUAAAAAUUACUGAAAAUUUAAACAAGUCAAAGGGCAAAUACUCAAUAGAAGGGACAUAAACAAACAUAGUGUGGAAGCAUGCAAUGACAUCUCUGAAAUUUUGGAGAGUAUUGGGAGGGGUGGUGGGUGAUAGCAGCGAUGGAGAGACAUCACUUGUCUCACUAAGCAAGUAUACCAUCUCCUAUAAUAAGCAUGCCUACUUUUUCCACACUGUUAUGAGAAACAAAUAAGUUAGUAUUAAUUUAGCUUUCUAGCAGUUCAGACAGCUAAAAUUCAAGAAUAGAAUCGCAGAAAUAUUCUUAGAGAUCAGUUUCUGAAGAGGAAGUCACUCUUAGAAACAUCCAACAACCUGACUGAAUACUCCACAUCAACUGUUGCAGGCUCAGGCACAGAACUAGUUAAGGGUAAUUUAAUUUGCAAGAGAACCCAGCCUCCCUUUACCUUUCCUAAAGAUUGCAGAAAGUGAGAAAGUCAAAAUGUUGAGAUGUAAACUCAUUAAACAAAAAUUAAUUUGUUCAGUGAUAUAGACGUGCAAUGAUUUAGCCAGGCUGUGAUUAAGAUUCUCCAAAUUGCAUGAUAAAUAGGGUUUUGACAUAAACAAUCUCAACCAUGCAUAUAUAUAGUUUUUAAACUGAAUGACCCAAAGAGAUACUCUUGAGGAAAUUUUUCACAUGUAAAAAGGAAAGAUAUUUGAAAUAGCAUGUUAUCUAUUUUUAACUGUUUCUUUAAAAGAUAUUAGAAAUGCUAUAUCUUAUUAGAUAACCUCAAAAUUUGAGUUGGUUUGCUGAAACCUCAGGCAACUUAAUAAUUUUGAAUUAGUUGACUAUGUCAUGGACAUUAAGAGACUACUACUAUAGUUUUAAUUGUGAAAAGCAUAAAAAGUGAGAAAAAAGUGUUACAGAUGAUUUCUAUAUAAUCUAAAAUUGGAGAAGCAUGUUGUCAACUUUUCUACACAUGAAUUCCAUUUAGAUUAAUGAAGGUGUAGAAGAUAAAUAUUCAGGUGUGGCAAAAAUGGUUCACAAAGAUUCAAUUAAUAUCAAGUACCUGGGAAUACUUACUAUGUAAACAAUAUAUGAAAGUUAAAGUUCAUCCCCCUUUCUCAAACUGACUUCAUAAAUCCCUUGAGCUCAUAGUUGCGACAAUCCUGGAGAUGACAUUAUUGUCAAUGUGAGAUCACCAAAGGAGUGCUCAUGUGGGUUAGUAUAUUUUGAAUUUCCAUGGACUAUAAUGAGAUUAGAGUCCAGACAGCCAGAUUGUCUACAUAAAACUGGAAGCCAUCUACUUUAUAAGAAAACAUGUGAUUUAUCACGGAUUCUAAUGCAUUGGUUUAAAAAACAAUGUUUGUCUUCUUUUUCUGUCCCUUAAAAUCACAUGUCAUGGAUAAUAGAGUGUGACAAUACAAAUAUAUAUAUAUAUAUAUAUAUAUAUAUAUUGUUUUGUAGAGUCCCUAACAAUCAAAGCAUGUGUGGAGAAUAAUGGUAAAAGGCAACACUCUCUUUCAUAAAUAUCCAUAUUUUUUAAACUCUAUUAUCUUCUCAGUAGUAAUGUGGUUUAUUCUGUAUCUAUACCAGCAUGGGAUGAAGGAGUGCUUUUUUUGAACACAAGAUAAAGAUGUAACAAGUUUAAAUUUAGACCCAGGUUUAAGUGUGCAGAAAGAAGAAAGCAUCAAGAAGGAACAAGAAAAUGUGAAGUAAACUCUUGAUCAAAGUCCAUUUUAGCUUUUAGUACCUGUAGUGUAAUUUGUUAGCAUUUCUGAGCCACAGAUUUCUCAUCUAUUAUCCAAAGGUGAUAGACUGCUGUUAUAUUCACCUAAGAAACUCUUGAUAAAUAUGGACAUUGAUCAGAAAUCCUGAUCAGAAAUAUGGGCUACCAUAUAUUCUAGACUUUCUCUCCAUGCCUUCUUCCAGGUGACUAUGUUCUGUAACUAGUGAAAAAGACUCAGACCAUUUCAUUUAAAGCUUGGAAUAAGAAGUUGCUACAGAAGAAAGUUGUAGUGAAGAUCCACAAAGGAAGAACAUUGAAUGUGCCUACCACCUUGACUCUGUCCAAGGUAGCCAUGUAGACCCUAGCCAACGCUUGUCUUGAGUAAUUCAAGUUAUUUUCAUAAAGGAACUAAUCCUCAAGGAAUGGAGGUCAGAGAAAAUACAGUAAAACAAAAUGUGCCAAUUCUUCCAGUAUGUAAAUUGUAAGGAUCAGUAAUCCAUAAACUACUUCUAAAUCAACUGUAUGUUCUACUAUUGUAAUGUAAUUUGCACUAUGAUAUUGUCAUGUUCAAGCAAAUUUAAAAUGCUCUCUAAUGCCAAAUGUAGAGUUCAUAGGUUCAUGUUAUUUCUUAUAAGAAUGACAUUGCAUUGUGCCAGUUGUUUAAUGCUCUUAACUUUCCCUGGGUGUGUUAUUAUAUUCAGAUCCAACAGGGUUGUUGUAAGCACACUAAUUAGUCAUCUAGGGUUUUAUAGAUAAAAUCAUACAUUGAUCAGAAAUCACUUUUCUACUUAUUUUUUUGUAGAGUAUUUUUCCACACUUGAAAAAAACAUGAUUAUUUUAUAUCAAACAUCAGCUUUUCUUUAUAAUCUUAUUUUAGUAGCCAACGCAUGCUUGAAAUAAGAUGUUAUAUAGUAUAUGAUAAUAUUAAGAUCGUAUUUGUAAGUGAAAAAUAUGCAUGCUGUGAUGAAUCUUGCAGCUUUGGGGUGUACUUUUCCAUGGCCACCUUACAUGCAAGCUUUUUCUUAAUCUGUGUGCAUGAUUCACAAGUCCCUUUUCAAUAUUUACAAAAUGAUAUGUGACUCUCAGUGCUGAUGAGCCCCUGAGACAAGGUGCAAUACUGUUCUGCUUUAGGUUUUCUUCCAACGUUGCAUCAUAGUGUUAUACAUUUUCCCAGAAAACAUUUUCUUGAAGUUGCUGACAAUUAACAACAAAAUAAUUUGCUGGUAAAUCUUACAGCUGACUACAGAGCAAGUUAAUGUUUCAGAGUAAGAAGAAGUGACAGAGUCAUUUUCCAAGUUCCAUUAUAUGAAUACAAUAUUCUGGCAGCUUUUUGUAUAAUCAAAAAACAGCUUAUCAUUUUUUGAAACACUGCCAAAUCAGUACUACUGCCAAAAGGGAGAAACACUAAGUUGCACCUCCAUUACAAUAACUUCAGCAAUAACAGACUAUCCAGAUCACAGCUGAUUGGUACAGCAGAGAUAGAGAAAUAGUAGACUGAAUCUUUUCUUUCUUGUUAAUUUGCAAAAUGUAGAAGGAGUAUGAAUUUUGCCAACAGAGACAUGACUUUACAUGCUGAUAAUUCACAGAAAUCUCUGAAAAUAAAACUCAUGCCAUUCUGGGAAGGAUGUGUCUAGGCAUUUUGUUUGUUUGUUCUGAUUUGUUUCAGAAAUAUAAUUGUGUUUUUGAAAGACCUAAUUUCAAGCAGGUGAUAUGUGUAGACCAACCUCUCCCUAUCCAUAUCUUAACACAUAAGGGUAGAAAAUAGCAUUCAGGAAUUCAAAUCACCAGUAAAAACAUUCACAAGACUGUAAGAUGAUUUCACUGUUAUGUUAUCAAAGCAAUGGAAACCCUAGUUAUCUAUUUAUUUGCUUAUUUAUUUAUUUACAAAAUAUUGCUUCUUUGGAGUCUAAUUUUAACAGAAAAAGUGAAAUUAAUAUAAUGCUAAGAAAAUUGACUCUAUUGACUUACUAUUCUAAGUCAAAAUUCUGAAGCUGAAUCCUGCUAUAAUACAAAAGUAAAGCAUUGAUUGAAAUAAUGAACAGGCUGCUAGUCCAGUCAGAGAGGAUGACUACAGCAGUAAUGUUAUCACAAGUGUGACCAGCCUGGCCUGCCACAGAAAGGAUGGAAGAACCAUUCGUUCACAGCAUUACAGGUGUGUGAAAGGAUGACAAUACAAUUCAUGAUACUGUAGGUGUGUAACACUCAGCAAACAUCUGGUCUGGUCUUGUAAUUUGAUACUGCAUGCAUCCCUUCAUUGAAUUUACCUGUAAACAACAAACCUUGUGGCAGCUAAGCAAAUAUUUUAAUAAGCCAUGAAAGGCAAGAUGUCAUAAGAAAUCUGUACUUUCAUCUAUUUGGAGAAAUUUUACUGUUCAUAAAUUAAUCUGGAGUUGCGUUGCCACUUGAAAUUUCCUUCCCUUAAAAAUAUGCCAUUACAAUGUAUGUUGCUGUUCAUUGAUGUCUUAUGAGGCUUGCAUCUAUUUGAUGCAACUGCUACACUUUUGUGAAAUUUUGUUUAGCAAUGAAUUGUUUUUACAAUCUGCAUAAAGAUUCUAAUGCAGAAGCAAAUGUGUGAAGAAUUUGAACCUGUAUGUAAGGAGUCUCUUCCUUAUGUCACAUUUACUCUAUUCAAUGUAAAUACCUCACUGAUUUGACACUGGAGUUAUUAGAUGUGUAAAUAAUGAUGUUCUAUUUGGGCCUAAUGGAUUCCUGUAAUGUGAAUAUUUAAAAUAAAAAAUUCAAUUUAAAAAUA